CUACAGAUCAAACAUAUCUGGGAUUCUCAAGAGAGAUAGUACUAUCGGGGCCCACAAUGCGACAUGGGGCAGCGAGUCGACCUACAGAUCAAACAGAUCGAGAAGAAAUUCCGGCAAGAGCAUCAUUAUUCGAGACAUGGUCAACCGCGCCUCCAAUUGCGAACCCGAUGAUUACGAACGAGAGGGAAGCAACAGAGGAGGAGUCCCGAUCUUUGCCGGAACCUCCGUCGUGUCGGUCGGCCAGGACUUUGAAGACUUUGUUCGCAAUGAACGAUGCAAAGAAUGGCUCUGGCAAUUUCGAUGUUGCGAUCCACGGUAUCGCAUACUCAAGUUCUUCAACGAUGUGGCGAACGAGGGUGCCACCGGGAAUUCCGCCUUUGAACGGACACACGUCAGCCCGUUGCUCAAGUAUUUCAGCCGGUCGUCCGUCUUUACCGUUUGGAGGCCCACCAGUAAGGACGCUAUUCGAAGGAUGAUGCUGGGUCAGGGAGUAGGAAAGGGUCUCGACAUCAAAGGGAAGUCAGCAAAACGUGGGGUAUUGUCGGCCUUUGUGCCCUUUUUGCAAAUCCACAAGGAAGAAGACAAGGCAAAAGUCCGGACGCUCAGGAAGGAUGGUACGAUACGGGUGUUUUUCGAUAACGAACAGAAUCGUGAUACGGCAGUGAAGACUCUCAACGAGGUGGCAAAAGAAAUGGAGGAGACCGUACGACAGGCCAGGGACAUUAUCAACAAUGCCGACGACUACGACGACGAUGUCUACGAGAAUGCGCUGGAAAAGCUUACUCUUGAGAUGAGCGACUCGACAAUUCACACAAUUGACGACUACGCAGCCUCCAACAAGUAUGGGAUGACGGUCAACGAACGGCUCUUUUGGGAAGGGAUGGUCGUUCGUCAAAAUAUUGAGAGAAAGCCGGGAAGUGAAAACGAUACGGGGCGAACAUCGAUGCCGAGCUUUCAGGACAUGAAUUUUGAUGCGGUCCGAAAGCCCAAGAAUUGCGUGGCAGGGGGACACACGAGAGCGGUCAUUCUGCAACUCUCCAACCCACCACGAAAUCGGGGCACUGAGCCCGAAAGCAAUACGUAUGAUCCCAUGAGCCCAUUGAAUCUUGUCGUGGCAUACGAAGAAAAGGACCCGGAAAUGGAUCGCAAAAGGAUUAUACCUGUCGUCAGUGAUUUUGAUUGCUUUAUCGUCGGCAGCCGAAACGUAAAUUACGAAGAACAGGUACCCGAUGACCAAGUCGAUGUUCUAAAAUGGAUGGUCGAGCAGACCGAACAUGUGUURGAAACACCGAACGAAGAAUCGUGGACGAAGCGAUGGCUAAACGUUCUCAAGGAUGCCAGACUAAAGGGCUGUCACCACGAGAUUCCCACGGGUGGCUACAGCGAUCCCAAAACAAAAUUUAUUUUCAAGUUUGCCAUUGAACGCUUGAGCGUUACCGGGGCUGUUCGACACGGAGCAGAGUGCUUCAAUUAUUAUUUUCCACAAGACCUCGAUGACAAGCUACUUGUUAUAUCCGACGACCUCCCGAACAAAUACAAAGGAUGCAGAUGGGUAUACGUCGAUCAAUUCGAGCUACAASAAAUCCUUAAGUACAAAAUCAGUCACGGCUUCUCGUUUCCGUUGAAUCCGAAGUGGAUCCUGUGUGAUCCGGGCUGGAAAGAAGUCUACGACAAAUURAUUUCGAGCGACAGGCCCGACGUCCAGAAAUCCAUGAGGUGCUGGUACCCACCAGAGUCUGGAAUUCGGGAAUCCAUCGAACGGAUUUACAAGAAACACCCGAACGGAUUCGAGCGACAGUUCGACGAGAGUUUGGGGCCGGGUGUGGCAAGAAGUCGCAKCUCGACUCGGUUGUCGUAUKUGGAUGGCACCACUGCCAUGGACCUUGCCGAGCAAGAACUGAAGUAUUUCAUGAUCUUGCAACGCGCAAAACGACGCCUCAAGGUAAUCCUGCUACUGAACCGAAUGCUUUCGAAAAUCAGAGAAUGCAGAGAAAUGGAAAACCAUGUGCCAAUAUCGCAGRAAGAGGAACAAAACGAAARAAACAAAAGUCUCCCGGAUCCCUGUACGGUAGCUGUAGCUGUAGAUUUACAAGCUGCUUAAAGUUCAAUAAUUCAUUUGCUUUGAU